CACAGCGAACACGUACACAGAGAGUCAGAAACAGUUCUAUAUUUGAAUUCUGAGCGAAAUGGAAAUUAAGAUUCCCUAAGAGUAUGUUUGAAGCCGCGUUUUAUAUUGUUCUGUGUAUAUUACCGCUUAGAUUUUCGGAAGCAGAAGUCAUACAGGCACAGUUCGCUGUUCCUGACGUUUGGGAUGGAGGCUUUCGAGGUACAAUUACCUUUCCAGCCGACCGAGAGUUUCGUUACGGUUGGCUGUUGUACAUAACUUUCGACAUCGAAGUUCUUAAUUUUGAGGUCCACGAGGGCAUAGUGCUCGGCGUACAUCCGCUAAAUAAGAUAUUCGUGGCACAGCAUAAAGCUUAUAACAGGCACUUAUACAUCGAUUCUACAGGAAGACGGUCGCUUGGUUGUCAAGGAGCAUCGGUAAGGCCACCGGCCGCAGAAGUUUUGUUCAUUCCUAUGCUUUCAAACGAGGAAAGUGUGGAGAAUGCUCUCGACGCGCUGUGACAGGAGAAAGUCCUUCCAGCAUUGGAGCAACAACUACAACAACCACAACACAAGCAACCCCACCGAUUUCGCUAGGACCAUGGUGGACAGAGAGAAUCACCACUACAACGACUACGAGCAGACCAGCCACGGCGACAAACCCUUUAACCACUACUCUUCCGCCAAACUUAUCCACACAAAGAUUAAAAUACAACCUUCGAGAUGUGAUCACCAAGUCCCUCCUCUUCUUUGAAGCACAAAGAUCUGGUCAUCUUCCUCCAAGCAACCGCAUCCCAUGGAGGUCUCACUCAUGCUUGAGAGAUGGGGAAGAUCAAGAAAUCGAUUUAAGUGGAGGUUACUUUACAGAUGGUGGAUUUGUUAAAUAUGGAUUUCCCAUGGCUUUCACCACCACACAGCUUGCAUGGAGUUUGCUUGAGUUUAGGAAUGCUUAUCUUGCUUCUCACCAAAUAUCUAAUGUGAUGAAUGCACUUAAGUGGGCUACGGACUAUUUUAUUAAGUGUCAUGUUUCCGAAUUUGAAUUUUAUGGACAGGUCUCUAACAGUGACAUUGAUGAUGUGUAUUGGGGAAGACCCGAAGAUUUAACAGGGAGUCGUCCUUCAUAUAAAAUAACUCGCGAGAAACCCGGCUCUGAGUUGGCUGCUGAAACUGCAGCUGCAAUGGCAGCAACUGCUAUUGUGUUCAACAACACAGGGACAAACUAUUCAAGUAUAUUGCUUCAACAUGCAAGAGAAUUGUUCAACUUUGCUCGUUUACAUAAUGGCACGUACCAUGAUGGUAUCCCUCAAGCCAAGAAAUAUUACAAAUCCUGGAGUGGAUACUGGGACGAGUUAUCAUGGGCGGCAGCAUGGUUGUACAAAGCAACCAACGAGGAACAAUAUUUAACGUUGUCCAAAUAUUAUAUCGAGUACAACCCUGAUGAAUCAGCCAUGACAACUUUUAGUUGGGACGAUAAAAGACCAGGAGCAACCUUCCUGCUUGCUCAAAUAACUGAGGAGUACAGGUAUAUUGACCAAGUCAGUGACUUCUGUGAUAGCUUGCUGCCUGGAAGAGGUCCAGCUUAUACUCCAAAAGGUUUGCUCUACAUUAGUGAGUGGGGACCAAACAGACACGCUGCAAAUACGGGGUUCUUAUGCAUGUUGGCAACGAAAAUUGGACUUCGAAGAGACAUUUAUCAAAACUUUGCCUACCAACAGCUUUCAUAUAUUCUUGGUGAGGGUGGGCGUAGUUUUGUUGUUGGUUUUGGCAACAACUCACCUGAUCGACCAUACCACCGUGCAAGUUCGUGUCCCAGCCCCCCUGCAGCGUGUUCAUGGGACAACAAGGAUACAGACGCACCUAACCCUCAUACACUAACUGGUGCUCUUGUAGCAGGACCAGACAGGUGGGAUGCAUUUUCAAAUGUUCGUUCCGACACAAAACACAAUUCUGUUUCCAUUGAUUUUAAUGCUGGCCUUCAAUCUCUUGCUGCUGGAAUAUUGGAAAUACAGGUCACUGGUCAAACGUUUUCCGAACCCAACCCCGAAGAACUACUUUCUGCAAUUUCCGAAACUUUUUCGAUUCGACACGAUUAUAAUGAAGUAUUAAGAAAAUCACUUCUAUUUUACGAAGCACAGAGAUCUGGAGAGUUGCCGGCAAAUAACCGGAUAUUGUGGAGAAAAUCUGCGUUUAUUGAUGACCGUGGUUUAAAUGGGGAAGAAUUAAGUGGUGGGUAUUUUGAUGCUGGCGAUUAUGUGAAGUUCAAUUUCCCAAUGGCAUUCACCACAACUGUGUUAUCAUGGGGUGUUCUGCUAUAUGCAGAUGCUUAUAAUGAAACAAACGAGUUAGAAAAUGCAAGAGAGGCAAUUAAAUGGGCAACUGACUACUUCAUAAAGUGCCACGUCAGCAAAUUUGAGUAUUAUGGACAGGUUGGUGAAGGACGUAUCGAUCACGUUUUCUGGAGAUCCCCACCCAGGAAUGAACGAAGAAGAGCGUUUAAACUCACGCGGUCUGCUCCUGGGUCCGAAGUUAUUGCCGAAACUGCUGCUGCCAUGGCUGCAGCUUCUAUGGUUUUCAGUCAAGUAAAUGCGUCAUACUCUCAAGAGCUUUUAAGCCAUGCAAGAGACCUAUAUGAGUUUGCAGAUACCUAUAGAGAAAUGUACCACAGGUCUAUAAGAGAUGCUGGUAACUUUUACCGCUCAUAUGCUGGAUAUAAUGAUGAACUUACAUGGGCAGCUGCAUGGUUAUAUUCUGCUACCAAUGAAAACCAAUAUCUGGUGGAUGCGCAGGCAAAAUACACUGAGUUUAAUUUGGCAAGCAAGAAACCAAGUGGUUUUCACUGGGAAGACAAAAUAGCUGGCGUCCAACUUCUAAUGGCUCAGAACACAAGGAAUGAAACUUACAAGGUCCACGUUGAACAGUUUUGUGACCGUUUUCUACCAGGAGCAGAGUUUCCGUACACACCAAAGGGACUUGUAUACAUACAAGAGUGGGGCGUUUUACGUCAUGCAGCAGGUGUUGCAUUUAUUUGCAUGGCAGCUGCUGACUUGGGUAUCAAGCAGAAUUUGUACAGAGAUUUUGCCAAGCGACAAAUACACUACAUGCUUGGUGACAGUGGUCUUGGAAGUUAUGUGAUUGGAUAUGGACCUAACCCUCCCACCAGACCUCACCACAGAGCAAGUUCAUGUCCAAUCCCACCAGAACCUUGCAGUUUUACUGCAUUGCGUAACCCUGGCAGUAACCCCCACAUAUUAGUGGGUGCAUUAGUUGGAGGUCCAGAUGGGAAUGAUAGAUUUCAUGAUGAUAGGCAGAACCACAGGAGCUCAGAAGUUGCCUUAGAUUACAAUGCAGCUUUUCAAUCUGCCAUUGCUGGCCUUCGGUACCAAGAACUCCACCCUCCUGUAACAACAACGACAAGCAACCCUGAUAUUACCACAACACCAGCUCCAUAUGUUUCUGUGACUUCCAACAACACAGAUUACGUUGAUAUUGAUAACUAUGGCUUGAUAAGUGAUGUUGAUUUAAUGAGGGAGCUAGAUUUAAACUUAGGCGGCUUCGAUUACAGCGAUUUACUUGCAACGACAGAAAGUUCAAUAAAUCAAACAGAGAAUGCAACAAUAGAUGUAACGACUGCUCAGACAACAACGCAACUACAAACAACACAAGCUGUAACAACUGAAGCACUAACUACUACAAGUGAAACAACAACAAUUGCAACUACAACAGCUCAAACAACUAUUCAAACAACAACAACAAGUGCUUCUGCCAGUCCGACAGUGUCACCAAGAGUUAUAACUCCACCAACAACAACAACAAUAACAACAAGCACUGUAUCUGCUGGUGAAACUGAUUGUGUUGCUUUCAAUAUAUUUGACACCUGUGCUGCUCAAGGACUUGUGGGGAAUAACAGGAAUUUAUGUCGAAUCAGAUCUUUCAGGGGCUGUGCUAAUAGACUGGGAUCAGCAUGUCAUAGUUUGUGGGCGGUGUGGCCAGUAUGGAAUAAUGAUCAUGCAUCGAAUGAUCACUGGUUUUCUGAAGAGGAACAGCAAUGCCAGUCUAACUCAGUUGAAAGACAAAACUGCUUGUUGCGAGGGCUUACAUCAGCAUUUGAAGAUUGUUUACUUGUUAUUCAAAACCAAAUUGGAAUCGCAGCAAGAAAAUGCAGAUGGCAGAGAUACCAGGAAUGUGUGAACAAUCUGGUUGGCCAUUGCCCUUUAACAUGGCAGACAUGGGAUUUAUGGAACACUAGAGAUACUGGCAAUCCACGCUUCAGUGAACCACAAAGAACAUGCAAUAAUGCUGGAAGCCAAGUUGUUUUUACAUGGAGUUAUAUGCUGCUGUCUUUGUACCUUUCUCUACACAUGACUUAUCAGGUGUUUUGAAUUAGGUUGGUGUAAAAUAAGGUUAGGAGCAAAAUUGUAAAUUCCAAAUGCUGGUCACAGCAGAUACAGCAAUUUUUACUUGUUUAUUUUAAGUGCUAUGUCUUUAAUAAAAUUUGCAUCCCAACUAUUCCAAAUGCUGGUCACAGCAGAUUUAAUACUAAGUGCAAUGUCUCUAAUAAAAUUUGCAUCUUAACUGUA